UGCAUCUGUGAUAGUGAGGAUGUUCAUUUUCACUCCACAGCCACAAAAAGUCCCCAAAUGCUGCAGAGAGUUUGGUAAUGCUGUGAGGUUGGUUUUCCAUGACUCUGAGCGUCUUUUUUGUGUGAUUGUGUGUGUUUGGUCCAGGUGGGAUCAUGAGGCGUCGCAGUCACCAGGCUGGACGAACUGCGAGGAGGAGGAGGCAGAAACAAGACAGCGCCGUCCAGUCGAUUUCUCUGUGUCACCAGCUGCAGUAUGUGAGACUGAUGAAGUUUCUUCACCAACGGGGAUUCACCUCAACGCUGCUGCAGCCAGCCCUCUUUCCUGACACCGGUAGAGGACUGCAAGCUCUCAAGACCAUCAAACCUGGCCAGCUGCUCAUUUCUCUACCAGAGUCCUGUCUCCUCACAACCGCAACUGUUCUGGACAGCCACAUGGGACAGUAUAUCAAGAGCUGGAAGCCCCGCCUCUCUCCCCUGCUGGCGCUGUGUGUCUUCCUCGUGUGUGAACGGCACCGAGGCGAGGCCUCUGAUUGGUUCCCGUACAUUGACGUGCUGCCCACCUCUUACACCUGCCCCGCAUAUUUUAGCGAUGAGGUCAUGGCCGCUCUGCCCGGCAGUGUGCGGAGACGGGCUUCAGAGCAGAGGGAGGUGGUGCGAGAAUUGCACUCUGUUAAUCGAGACUUUUUCAGAUCCCUGCAGCCAAUCCUGAAUCAGCCCGUGGAGGAGGUGUUGACAUAUGAAGCACUGAGGUGGGCAUGGUGUAGUGUCAACACACGCUCUGUCUUCAUGUCCCACCCAUCCAACAACUUCCUGUUUGGACAGAACGAUUACGCUUUAGCUCCCUUUCUGGACCUGCUCAACCAUCGCCCUGAUGUGCAGGUAAAAGCAAGUUUCAAUGACGUGAAAUGUUAUGAAAUCAGGAGUGUUUCCGGGACGCUCCGCUACCAGCAGGCCUUUAUCAACUACGGUUCCCAUGACAACCAGCGUCUGAUGCUAGAGUACGGAUUUGUUGCCGCCUGCAACCCCAACAGCGUGGUCUAUGUGGAGACAGAUGUCCUCUGUGAGGUUUUAAGAGGAGACAGGAGUUUGGAUCAGAAGAUGAAGUUUCUCAGAGAAAACAAUUUUCUUCAUAAUCUCACUGUGUCCAGUGAAGGUCCAAGUUGGAGGCUGAUGACCGCCCUCAGACUGUUGUCCCUGCCACAGACACUGUAUCACCACUGGAAGGCAGUGUUGCUCGGCCACAUGGUGUGUGAGGAGAGAGAAGAGUGGAGCGUCCAGACAGCAAAGACUCUCUGCCAGCGACUACUACAGGACACACACACAGCUCUGGAUAAGAUCUCCGGCCUCCUCCAACAGUGUGACCAGGCACUCAGAGAGCAGCUAGACGUGGUCACGUCACUGCGACAGGAGGAGAGGUGCAUCCUGGGAAGCUGUCUUGAGGCACUGGGAGACACGCAGAGACAGUCAGAUAAACUGCUGUCAAGCCAACCUGACGAUGACGCUGUGAGCUGACAUCUGAUUGGUGCCCUGCGAGUCGCUACACGAAGCAAGCUCACUGGCUGAACUGGAGAUGCUGGAGGAUCUGUGGGCUCCUGUUCUGCUUGUGGACCAGUACAGCUGACAAAGCAUUCCCUGCAGAGCGUCACAGAUCUGACUCCAGGUAUGCUGAAAGAGCGUCUGCUCAGAGAGGGACAGUUAUGCUGUCAUCAGCAAGCCAAGUGAAGGUCAAAGAUACAGCGCACUAAAAUGACUGUAAAACUCUUCUUUUAACCUUUCGGACUUGUGUCAGACAGAAAAUGCUGAGGACAUUUUUAGUAUAAAUUUAAGAAAUAAUUUAUAUUCUGAUUCAGAGCUACAGUACAGUUCCAUUCAGGAGUUUUGUUUGAGACUUAAUAAGAAGUCCAGAGGACAAAAACUGCACCAUUAUACAACAAGGUUUAUGACAGAUACUUAAAGGUCCAGCGUGUAGGAUUUAGGGGCAUAUAAUAUUUGCAGAAAUUGAAUAUAAUAUGCAUGUUUUCUUUACUGUUUCUACCUAAAAAUAAUAGUCUUUGCAUUUUUCUAUCUUAGAAUGAGACAUUUUUAUCUACAUAGGGGGGGGGUCUGUCUAUGGAGUUUUAGCGUCAGCCCCCGUACAUAGCAGCACCUCAGAGACCAGACAAACAGCGUCAGAAAAAACUAUUUUUAACGUAAAACUGCUUAUU